GGCGCAGGAGAUGCAGCGGCAAAGGCGGAGUUUGCGAAAUUGCUGGGAUCUCGCUCGGGAGGGGCGUACAUUCCGCCCGCGAGGCUGAGGGCGCUCCAGGCCGAGGCGUCCAAGGAUAAGAGCAGUCCCGAGUAUCAGAGGUUGAGCUGGGACGCUUUGAGGAAGAGUAUCAAUGGUCUGAUUAACAAGGUCAAUACUUCCAAUAUCAAGCAUGUCAUUCCAGAGCUCUUUGGCGAGAACCUCAUCCGCGGGAAGGGUCUGUUCGCUCGGUCGGUCAUGCGUGCUCAAGCGUCCUCGCUACCAUUCACGCCCAUCUUCGCGGCGCUGGUGGCUAUCGUCAAUACCAAACUGCCCCAGGUUGGCGAGCUGGUCCUGGUCCGCCUGAUCAGUCAAUUCCGACGCGCCUACAAGCGUAAUGACAAGACCGUCUGUAACGCCACAUCCUCCUUCAUCGCCCACCUUGUCAACCAAUACGUCGCGCACGAACUCGUCGCCCUCCAAAUCCUCCUCCUCUGCCUCGAACGCCCCACUGACGACUCUAUCGAAGUCGCCGUGGGCUUCAUGCGCGAAGUCGGCUUCUUCCUCGCAGAGCACUCGCCCAAAGCCAACAAUACCGUCUUUGAGCGGUUCCGGGCGGUACUGCAUGAAGGGGCGAUUUCGAAGCGGUGUCAAUACAUGAUUGAGGUGUUAUUCCAGGUGCGGAAGGACAAGUACAAGGAUAACCCGACAAUCCCGGAGGGGCUGGAUUUGGUGGAGGAGGAAGAGCAGAUUACGCAUCGGAUCACGCUAGAUGAUGAGUUGCAGGUGUUGGAGAGUCUGAAUUUGUUCAAGGUGGAUCCGACCUUCCUCGAUAAUGAGGAUCGAUAUAUCGCUAUCAAGAAGGAAAUCUUGGGCGACUCGGAUGAGGAGUCGGGCGUUUCCGGGAGCGAGGAGGAUAGCGAUGAUGAGGAUGACGACGGGGCGGCGCCGGAGAAGGCGGGGAUCACGGAUAUGACCGAGACGAAUCUCAUCAAUCUGAGGAGGACGAUCUAUUUGACGAUCAUGAACUCGCUCAACUUCGAAGAGGCUGUGCACAAGCUGCUCAAGAUCAACCUGCCGGAAGGUCGCGAGAUCGAGAUGUGCAACAUGAUCAUCGAGUGUUGUUCACAAGAACGCACCUACUCCAACUUUUACGGUCUCAUCGGUGAACGCCUCUGCAAGCUCAACCGGGUCUGGACAGAAUCCUUCCAAGAUGCUUUCGCAAAGUACUACGAGACCAUCCAUCGAUACGAAACCAACAAGCUCCGUAAUAUCGGUCGGUUCUUCGGCCACCUGAUCGCAUCGGACGGAAUCUCCUGGGCGGUCCUCCACGUCGUCCAUAUGAACGAGGACGAAACGACCUCUUCCUCGCGUAUCUUUGUCAAGAUCAUGAUGACGGAAAUGAUUGAGGAGAUGGGCAACACCAAAGUCGUCGAGCGGUUCCGCAUCCCUGAUCUUCGACCGGCAUUCGCGGGGUUGUUUCCUAUGGACAAUCCCAAGAAUACGCGGUUUGCCAUCAAUUACUUUACGUCCAUCGGGAUGGGUAAAGUCACGGAGGAUAUGCGGGCGUUCCUUGCGGACGCGCCGAGAUUGUUGGCGGCGCAGCACAAGGCGGAUAGGGGGGCGGUGAAGGAGGAGGAUAGCUCGGAUAGCGAUUCCGACUCGGACGAGUCGUCGGUCGUUUCGAGCUCUUCGGAGGAGAGCAGUUCGGAUUCGGAGGAUUCGAGGCGGGGCGGUAGGCGUAGCGGGAGAGGGGGAGGGGCGCGGAAGAGGUACUCGAGUGACUCGAGGAGUCCACCCCCUCCUAGGCGAAAUGGAGGUGGGGGAGGAGAGAGGAGGUCGAGUCCGCCCAGACGUGCCUCGCCACCGCCGAGGAGAAAGUACUCGCCUAGUCCCAGUCGGUCGCCCUCGCCACCGCGAAGACGGAGGCGGGAUAGCUCGUCCCCGCCCCCUGUACGCAAAGCCGCUGGGGAUAGGAGGAGGGAGGAUGAUUCGCCACCGCCAGCGAGGAGACGGCGGUAUAGCGAUGAUUCGGCGCCUAGGCGGAGGAGGGAUUCGUCGACCCCGCCGAGGAGACGGUAG